GACAUUACUGUGUUUAUAUGCAUGACACGGCUGCGUGCAAUUAACCCCUCCCCAGUGUUAAUAACAUUUUAGGUAAAAAACGAAGGAAUUAAUGAACUAUAAUUCUUCUAAAUAAGUGAUUCAAUGGCGUCUUCUAAGCAGAACCCGAAAAAAUUCAAGUGGACGUUGGAUUUCGCCCACAGGAACAAACAGGACCGAUACGUCGAAUGUCCGAGUCCUCCAGGGUACGCUCCAGCAGUUAGUCUGAUUCAUAAUAUCGAUCACCUGAGGGAGAACGACUCCAAUCAUUUGAUAAUUAAAAAAUCCUGGGAUCUGGCCCUAGGACCCCUUAAACAGGUGCCCAUGAAUCUUUUCAUCAUGUUUAUGGCUGGCAACUCCAUAUCAAUAUUCCCGAUUAUGAUGGUAGGAAUGCUCAUCAUCAGACCUGUGAAGGCGCUAUUUACUCUUCAACAAACAUUCAAAGUGAUCGAGGGAACCCACGCAUUUGGCCAGAAAUUUGUAUUUUUCCUAGGUCAACUAGUGAAUAUCGCCCUAGCCCUGUACAAAUGCCAAUCAAUGGGUCUUUUACCCACUCACGCAUCAGAUUGGCUCGCCUUCGUGGAGCCCCAAGCAAGGCUCGAGUACUCAGGCGGUGGUCUCAUAUUCUCAUAAUUUUAUCUCUCCAAUUUUCUCUGUUUCACAAACGCAUUCAGUACCAAAAGGUAAAAUGAGAUGAACCCAUAAUUAAUAAAAAUAUUGAAUUCGCCUCAUUUCCCUUGAUCACUUGGCUACUGAAUUCCACCACCAAAUCAACGUAUAAAUUUGUUCAUCGAUCCCGGCAAGAUUAUAUUUCACAAAAAAUACAAAACAAUAAACAUUGUUAUUACUCAA